CGGCCGGCAUCGCACGACUGCGCAGGCGCAAGAGGGUGGUACCACGGCGGUUGUGACAUGGGGGGGCGCGGAGGAGACGCCGGAAGUAGCGGUGGUACGGGUCUGGGUAGGGGGUAUUCAUCACCGGCCGCGACAACCCGCGCGGCGGCAAGAGCAAAGGCCCGAGGGGGUGGGCGUGGCGGCCGUCUGAACGCAACCCCCUCGUUUCGCUCUUCGCGCGGGGCGGCGCCUCGUCGCUCCUCUCCACCAGCUACGAUGAGCGAGCGCCUCCGCCCCAGGAAAAGGAGAAGGAAUGGCAAUGAAGAAGAUAACCAUCUCCCUCCCCAAAACAAAAGGAGUAGUAGAAACCCCGUCUUUCAGGAUUCCUGGGACACAGAGUCUUCGAGCAGUGACAGUGGCGGGAGCAGCAGCAGCAGCACCAGCAUCCACAGUCCAGACCGGGCCAGUGGGCCAGAAAGCGGCUUAAGCCAGGUCAUCCCCGGAUCCAGCCCCAACACCCCUCAGCCCAUGCCCGAGCAGUCUGCCCUGUGCCAAGGCCCUUACUUCCACAUCAACCAGACCCUGAAGGAGGCCCACUUUCACAGCCUACAGCAGCGAGGACGGCCUCUAACAUGAUGCACCGGAAGUUUCUUGCCUUCUGUGAAGGGACAGUGCUGUGCAGAUUUGAUACUUCAACUUACGAUUUGUUUUGAAAAAUUGCACACAAAAAAACCCUGCCUGUUGGCUUUUCAGUCUAUUUGAAAUAACACGUUAACAGGCAAUUGUUUACUUGUGGUUCUGCUGCACUAUUGCAAUUUCAAAGGGGCUUUGAAGCAAUUUUUUAUAGGAUUCUUUUGAGGGAUGGUACCAAAUUCAUGUCAAGGUAGUGGUGUGAGAAAAUUUCAUCUGUGUGUCGCAUCCAUAGUGUGUCCAAUUCAGACUGAUUUCCCAAUCUGUCAAUUAGAAGUUCUACUUUAUGUAAAAGGGUCUUUUAAAAAUGUGGGAUCUUCAAUUUUUUUAAUUCAAUAAACUAGUGAAGAGUAUCUAGUUUCCAUGAGAAAAAAUAAAUUUUUUCCAAAAGAUAGGAAGCUUGAUUCAGUCUUGCACUGAAAUUAAUUGCCAUACUACCUCUUAGAAUAUAGACAUCCUAUGGAAAGUACACUGUCUGUUUUAACAGAACAAUCAGAUUCAAUUUACUGUGGAAGUGAAGCACCCUCUCUACUGAUGGUCUCCACUCUUUGUUAUAUAUUUGUACUUCCAGGGAAAAUGUCCUUCAGACUCUUGUGUAGCCAGAUAACUUCUGUAUCACUUUUCCUCCAGAGUCUGCACCUCAGACUUUACUAGAAAAUACUGCACAGUUCUGCAAGUCAAGGAAUAUGUGACAACUUUUGUCUUACGUAUAAGCCUGUCUGUUAUAUCAGCAGCUCAUGUGAUCUCACAUCAUUCCAUCUUAUAGUGUCAAUAUGCAGAUAAAGCAUAAGCUAGCUGAACUGAUGUCCAAAGUAACAAAUAAUGAAACUACUGGGUGAGGAUUAGCUUUGUUUAAAGUCACCCUUAACAGGACUAGGGGACCACAUUCCAUCACUAACUCUGGAAUGAGAAUGCUUAGAAAUAAAUGAGCAGAGGCAUCUUCCAGAGAAACAAUACAGUAGUAUUUAUUUAAGGAGACGGGCAUGCUCCUGUGUUAUUUUGUCAUACUUGAGAGCCAGCUGAGUUUGAAUAAUGAAGGUGCGGAUGUUUCGUCUUCCUCACUGGCGAGCUGUCUGAAGAGGGAGCCAGGCUGCAUGGGGUCACCUGCUCUGGAGAGUGCCGGGGGGUCAACCUGCCAUUGGAUGUAGAGGAAGUGCCUUAGAGUCCUCCUGAAGCCUCUGCCUGUUCCCCUUCUGCUCCCCCUGCACUGCAGUCCAUGCCCCUCCAAUGGGAAGCCACACUGCACACACAGCAGAGCUGAGAUGGUUGGAUGGCUCUAGUAAGAAACCUCUGCUGUUUGUCAGGGUUGAAAAGGAUGGGAACAGCAUGGGGUUUUAUCUGAUAGAACUCGAACCUUGAGAACAAAAACUGUUCCAGAAACAGUAACCUUAUGCAUCUCCUUUCCACAGUCUGUUCCACUAAUAGGGAUAGAACUUAAAGGCCAGUAGCACGAUGUGGAAACUAGUGUUACGGGAAAAAGGUACAGCAUAGGCCACACUUAAGGAGUGUGAAUUUUUGGCAAAGAGCUUUUUAACAUUUUUUAAAAAAUUCUUUACUGUCUCCUAGAUUUAAAAGCCAGAUGUUUGACAAGAAUUUUGGAUCUUAAUGGGUUUAAUGGCAGGGAAUAUGGAAAGGAUAUAUUGCUAAUAUUUUGUCUAACAAUAAAAGAAAGAACAACUGAAUGCUGUAAGAAGACAAGCUGAGCUCUCAAACAGAUGUGUCUACCACAAAACUCAGAAACCCAGGACUCCUUCAGGCUCAAUGGAUGGCAUCCUACUGAAAUAAAAUAUGUAUUAACAAGAAAAUGUAACAAUAGAGGAAGCAAACUCAUUUAUUUCCCACACAACUAAAAGAUAUGGAAGAUGAAACCAUCACCAGGACAAAAGGAUUUUCUCCAAAUUCGUACAAUUCUGCUGGGUUGGCAGUUAUCCUUAUUACUCUACUUAAGAAACCAUCUUCAUCCUGUUUGCACAUUUUCUACAGCCUUGCAGCCUGGGAUACAUUUCUAUUAUAACGCUAUUUGGUAGUGUCAACGGGCAUAUGUUAAAUCUUUUGGUUCAAGCUAGUAAAACCUUGUAUUUCUCUAUUGCGCCGCCAUUAAAAGCAGCAUUAGUGCAUUCUG